AUUACAAUGUUGAAAAUCAAGAUUGAUUUUUUUUUUCUGACAUUCUUUUUAGUAUUUUCUUCACCACUAGUGGCUUCCUAAAAAUGGAAUAUGCCUUGUCUAAAGUUAGCUUUUUUUCUCUGGUUACUUCAUUAACCUUGUUCUUCAAUCUUUUUGCUUAAGAUUUCUUCUCUGAGUAUAAGGAUAAUUGGAUCAUUGAAAUGUGUUAUGGAUGUGCAUGUUAAAGCUUGGAGCUGGUGAACUUUUUGUUAACGAGGUCGGGUGUAUGCUGGAAUAUCUAUGAUGUGCUAAACCGGUAGAUAAUAUUUCACAAUGAGGCCUUCUCAAAACCCUGAGGAUAUCAACGAGUUUAACAGAUUCUAUAACCAACCCAUAGAGUAUCAAGAAUCCUAUUUCCUGCCUUCUAUUAACAAUCCGAACAACAACCAAUCGUACUAUGCUGAUGUCUCUGCCUUAAAACCCGACCAACACUACUAUGUUGAAUCAUCCACGGGAAAUUCUAGUGAACUUGUUUCUGAUUCACCUCCUAUUGUUAAUUUCAACCCCAUGAUGCAGCAAGGUUCUGAUUCAUGUCGUUCAGACAUGCAUCAUUCUCCUGAUGAUACAUUUCAAUCAUCGGGUAACAGUUCGUGCUACACUAGUGAUGUUACUGACCUGAAGCACAAGUUAAGGGAACUUGAAACUGCAAUGCUGGGGCCAGAUUCAGAAAGCAUGGAAUCAUACAAUACUAUCCCUGCGGCUGCAGCCAAUCAAGUUUCAUCGGAGUCGGAUAAAUUGGUUGGAAUGAUGGAGAUGAUGCCUAGCGGAGACGUGAAAGAAGUUCUUAUUGCUUGUGCUAAAGCAAUAGCAGAGAAUAAUUUGAUAACAGCUGAAUGGUUAAUGUCAGAACUACGCACAGUGGUAUCUGUUUGUGGAUCUCCGCUACAACGUUUAGGAGCUUAUAUGCUGGAAGGUUUAGUUGCUAGAUUGGCCUCCUCGGGAAGCUCCAUCUACAAGGCCUUAAGGUGCAAAGAGCCUACUAGUGUUGAGCUAUUCUCGUACAUGCAUUUGCUUUAUGAAAUCUGUCCAUACUUCAAGUUUGGAUAUUUGUCAGCAAAUGGUGCAAUUGUUGAUGCCAUGAAAGAUGAGAACUCGAUUCAUAUAAUUGAUUUCCAGAUUGCUCAGGGUAGCCAGUGGAUCACCUUAAUCCAUGCUCUCGCAGCCCGGCCUGGUGGACCUCCAAGAAUCCGCAUCACAGGGAUUGAUGACUCCACGUCAGCUUACGCCAGAGGAGGAGGGAUUGAAAUCGUAGGUCGAAGAUUGUCAAGCAUUGCUGCAUCUUGCAAUGUACCUUUCGAAUUUCAUCCCGUGUCUGCUUCUUGUCCAGAUAUUGAGAUUGAGCAUCUUAAGGUUCUUCCCGGGGAACCAUUGGCUGUUAACUUUGCGCUCGUCUUGCACCAUAUGCCUGAUGAGAGCGUUGGAACUCAAAAUCACAGAGACAGACUUCUGAGGAUGGUUAAAAGCUUAUCUCCCAAGAUUGUUACCUUAGUGGAGCAAGAGUCCAACACUAAUACAGCCCAAUUCUUCCCCAGGUUUUUGGAGACACUGAAUUACUACCUAUCUGUGUUCGAAUCAAUAGACGUGGCUCUACCUAGAGACCAUAAGGAACGAAUCAACGUUGAGCAACACUGCUUGGCCCGUGAAAUUGUCAACAUAUUAGCAUGUGAAGGGACAGAGAGAGUGGAGCGUCAUGAGCUUCUUGAAAGGUGGAGGUCACGAUUUGCUAUGGCUGGGUUCAAACCAUAUCCGUUAAGCUCCUCAGUAAACGCUACUAUCAAGACUCUGCUGGAGAAUUACUACCAAAGCUAUACGCUUAAUGAGAGAAAUGGUGUUCUUUAUCUUGGCUGGAUGAAUCGAGAUUUAGUUGCUUCUUGUGCAUGGAAAUAGUCUCUUGUCGGGAACAGCCUCUCUACCCGCAAAGGUAGAGGUAAGGUCUGUGUACAUCCUACCGUAAUUAGGUGCAUGUAACUUGUAGCUUGAUAAUGGUAAGAGAUAGUAGCACCUUUUUUUUUUCUUUUCUGUUUGUAUUAAGUUAUAAGACAAGUAAUUUAAUCUUUUUAAUGAUCUGUUCUAUCAGAAACUAAUCUAAGUCUUUUUUUA